AUGUCCUGUCUACGGGCUGUGAUGCAGCACCGACUUGACCCGCGAGAACUUGCGGUCGGAUCUCGCGCUGGAACGCCAGGACCAACGGUACCAGUACGCCCUCGAGUCGCAGGCGCCUGGCCAUCAGGCGACGGAGCAGCGUAUGACGCUGGAGUACGAGCGGCGUGCGAUCAGCGAUGA